AUGGCUGCAGUGUCCAAAAUUUGGGCGUUGUUCAUUUUGUUGAGCGUUGGUGGAGGUAGAGUUGUGAAUGGAAACGAGGUUACAGCUGAAAUGGCACCGGCACCGGCACCGGCCCCGGCUCCAACACCGACACCAACUCCCGGAGAUUUGGUGCCGGCUAUGUUCAUAUUUGGAGACUCGCUCACUGAUAGUGGAAACAACAACAAUUUGUUGACACUUGCUAAGGCAAAUUAUCAUCCCUAUGGCAUUGAUUUCACCCUCGGUCCAAACGGCCGCUUCUCUAAUGGCUACACCAUUGUUGAUGCAAUUGGCCAGCAGCUUGGACUACCGCUGGCUCCACCAUACUCUAAUCCUCCCAGCAUCGACCAAAUGCGUUUUGGAGUAAACUAUGCCUCCGCUGCUGCCGGUAUUCUUGAUAUGACAGGCCAAAUCUUUGUAGAGCGCGUUCCGUUGAAGGAUCAGAUCACAAAUUUUGUGAAGACUUUAGAUCAAUUAUCAGCCAAUCUGAGUGCACAAGUGGUGAAAGAGGGUUUACCAAAAUGCCUCUUCUUUGUGGGGAUAGGGAGCAAUGACUACCUUAGCAACUACCUUAUGCCGGGUUACCCUUCCAAUAUGAUGUACACUGUUCAACAGUAUGCUGAUCUCUUGAUUCAGCAAUACACCCAAAAUCUCUAUAGAUUGUACGAUCUUGGAGGCAGGAAAUUUGUAGUAGCUGGGAUUGGAGAGCUGGGAUGCAUUCCAACAAUGGUGGCCAGGACUGAAAAUGGGCAGUGCUUAGAUGAAGUGAACCAAGCCGUUGAUCCAUUCAAUGCCAAUAUGAAGCAGAUGGUGACCCACUUGAACACCGCCCUCCCAGACGCCAAGUUUGUCUAUCUUGACAUCCAAAACAUGUUCCGGAACAUCAUUGCCAACUCCACAACAUAUGGGUUUAGCGUUGUUGAUCGUGGGUGCUGUGGAGUUGGGAAGAUGAAUGGGGAGAUAACAUGUGUUCCAUUAGAGACGCCAUGCCCAAACAGAGAAGAGUACGUAUUUUGGGAUGCAUAUCACCCCACAUCUGCAGUGAAUGUUUUGCUUGGGAAGAUGGCUUUCAGUGGAGGCCCGGAUCUUGUUUAUCCCAUCAACAUUCAACAGCUUGCCAGGACUGAAACUUGGCCAUAUUAGAAAGAUAGGGCAGAUGU